AAUAAAGUAUUGAAAGAAAAUACACCACAAGGUCCUGAUAUUAUUGCUCAUUUUUCAGCACACUGUGAGGCUAUUGUUGCUUUAAAUUUUGAUCAGUCUGGUCUUAUGUUAGUAACAGCUGAUAAAAAUGGUCAUAGAUUUAACGUAUUUAAAAUACAUCCUAGUAUAUUAGGUUCUUCAUUUGCAGCUGUUCAUCAUUUGUAUACAUUGCAUAGAGGUGACACCACAGCUAAAAUUCAAGAUAUUCAAUUUUCAAAUGAUUCAAGAUGGGUAGCUGUAAGCUCACUUAGGGGAACAACUCAUAUAUUCCCAAUUACACCUUACGGAGGACCUAUUGGUUUACGUACUCAUUCAACACCACAUAUUGUAAAUAAAUUAUCAAGAUUUCAUCGCAGUGCUGGUUUAGUGACUGAUGGCCGAAACAGCCCUGUGAUGACAGAAUCAUUACAGAAUACUCAAAUUGUGUUGCCAUACUCUAAUCCUUGUGUGUCACCUGUACCACAUUCAAUUAUUGUACAUUCAUUGUGCCAAAUUCGAUCACAAAGUAAUAAAUUAAAACCUGAGGAAACUGGAAUUACAACAUGUAUUAGACUAUCUACUUGUUUUUCUCAUGGCCGUGUGCUGGAUACAACUAUGAUCAGAGAAAUUUCUAAUGUAACUUAUAAUCCCAAGAAAAAUAUUGCAGAUUCUUUAUAUGUGAUGACUAGUAAUGGCAUUCUUACGCAAUAUGAUAUGUAUCCUAUGCAUUCAAAUACAAUAUCCAAAGAAAAAAUAUUUGAUGAUACGAUGAUAGAAUUAAACAUUGAACCAAAAACUGAAUGGAAUUUGUACAAACCACCUCUUCAUGCAUCUACUGUUAACCCCCCUUUAAAACGUGGUAACCCAUUGUUAGACCUUUACGUUAAAUUUCCGGUCACAAACCUGUCAAAUAUUUCUGAAAAGAAUUCUUUAGAAAGUAUUGAUGAACAUUGGCUAUCUCAAGUGGAAAUAAGUACACACGCAGGCCCACAUCGUCGUCUUUGGAUGGGACCACAAUUUGUUUUUAAAACUUGUAGUUCUUCGUUAGGGAGAUCUGAAUCUGAUACUCAAUUGAGUGAAAUUGAAAAUGGACCACUAUUAUUAAAAUCAAAUCCUGUUAGUGUUCCACAAAAUAAUAUUGACAGACAGAGCACUCCUGUAUUCAUUGAAUGUGGUUCAAAUAGUAGCUUUGAUUAUUCACCAAAGUUUUUAGACCUUAAUCAAGGUGAUUCAUCUGAUGUGUCAUCUGACCAAGGUGAAAUUAAAAUAUUGGAAGAUUUGGCAGAAGCCAUGAAUGAAAACCUUCAAAUUAAUAAAUCAGAACACUUAGAACCAGAAGUAAUUGAUGAGAGUGAUCAAAUUGUAACUGAAAUAAUUUCUUUAAAAAAAUGUAAAAAAGCAAAAAAGAAAAAAAACAAGUAAUAGCUACUCAUUUUAUUUUUAUU